AGCUUUCCUAUUCGUUCUCAGAGGAUGUAAAUGAAAAAUCUACUCGUUUGCCGGCCCAUCAGAAAUUUCAAAUCUCUGGAAGUGAAAAUUCACCUAACCCACUAGCAAACCAAGCAGAAGAAAAAGGAACAAGGCAUAUAGAGGAGGAGGAAGGGGGAGUGAAGACGAAGAAGAAGAACUAGAAGACUAAGCCGAGAGCGAGAGCAUGAGCAUUUCGCCUUGGACUUCAGGCUGAUGUAACAAAUAGGAUGGCUAGCAAUGGCAAGAAGCAAGAAUCUAGGAGGCAAGCAUCUAGAGAUCUAGCUGUGUUACCAGAUCAGCCACCUGAUGAAAGUACCAUUCCUAAUGCUCAUGGGAAGAAAUCAUUCACAUUUCCAUUAGAAGGCACAUCUCUGGAGCUAGCUGUGUCACCAGAUCAGCCACCUGACACAAGUCCUACCAGCAAUGUUCAUGAGAAGAAAGCAUCAUCCUUAUCCCCAUCUGAAGGAACAUCUAUGGAGUUAGUUGUGGGCAUUGUAGCACCAGACCAGCCACCCGAAACAAGCCCAACCUGCAAUUCUUUUGGGAAGAAAGCAUCCUUAUCCCCAUCUGAUUCUACAUCAUCUCAAUUGCCUCCACGUCCUUUGAAUUCUUGGGUAUUGUUUAGUCGGGACUUUAUAAAGUCUUACAAGGCCGAUCACCCUGAGAUCCAUGGCCUUAGAAGUGCCACCAUGGCAGCUGCAGAGGCAUGGAAAGCGAUGUCUCUAGAGGAGAAAUCAUCAUACAAUAACCAGGCUAAGGAUGCUUGGGAACAAUACAAAAGCAAAACCCCCCGACCUCCCUCACCCCCUAAGUCAAAGAGAGAGAUACUGCAAACAAGAUGUUCCCCUGGUCGUUUCUUGAGUGUUCUUAAGAAGCUCACUGUUGAGCAAAAGGUGGCAGUUGAGAAUGUGGGCUUUGGCAGCCUGCUUGGCAUUAGAUGUGAGACAUUACGUCGUGGACUUUGUCAGUGGCUUCUUGAGAGGUUUGAUCCUGCCCGUUGUUGUCUCCACAUUGAUGGUAAGCGCAUCUACAUAACAGUGCGUGAUGUAGAACUUGUCAUGGGAUUACCAUCAUCUGGGCAUAAAGUUGUCACUUCUGGGCCUGAUGGUGCAAUUGCAGAGAUGCGUCGUUACUAUUCAGCAGCUCCUGAUGAUGGAGGGAACAGUUCAAUUAGUACUGGGAUUUCCCUUGGCCUAUUGGAGAAACAGUUGGAAACUCAGGAAGCAGGAGAUGAGUUUAAGAGGUCGUUUGCCCUCUUUGCAUUAGGCACAAUCUUAUGCCCUACUGCGAAGGGAGAAGCCAGCCCCAAGUUCCUUCAUUCAUUGAGAAAGACAGAUGACAUACCUAAAUACAAUUGGGCACAAUUUGUCCUUGAUCGGCUACUCCGAGAGACUUCUCGAUUUCAUCAAGGGAAGCAGCGGGCAGUGGGUGGCUGUCUCUUGUUUCUUAAGUUCUUCUUCUAUGAGCACACCACCAUUGGUGGUCCAAGCACAUUUGUCCCCAACUUAAAUGUUCCCCGCUUGUUGGCAUGGGGUGAGAUGGAGAUUUCAGAGAGAGAGAGAAAGUAUCGAGAGAUUGGUGGAUAUGAUUUUGCAGAGGUUGUGGUGGAGAUGGACAUGGGAAUUCAGGGCCCAGGCCAGACCAGUCAAGAGGACAUCAUACCCACAGGCACUGCUGAUGUUGGAGUUAGGAGACAUCCUACACCUGAGUAUGGGGCAAUUGAUGAUGUAUUGGAAAGGCUGAAAAACAUUGAGGCUCAAAUACAAUCACUGAAAGGCCUUGAAUCUCAGAUACAGGAGCUCAAGGAUUUAAUAUGCAAGAAAUUCAAUGAGCAACGGCCAAAGAAAAAGCGUCCAAGGAAGGAAAAAUAAAGAGUAUUAUCUGGUAUUACCUCAGGCGUCUGGAUUUCCUGUCAUGUCUUUUUCCUAGAAGGCAGCAGUAUUGGGACCUUUGACAGAGAGAAAGAUCUUGAGAUAUCUCAUUAUCUUUGGACAAAGACACAAGAUCCAUCUUGAAGUUCAAACAAAAUGUUGUAUGAAAAUUUGGUAAAUCAAUUUCUUCCACUUUAUCUCUCGACAAUGCUAUCUUUGAUGGUGCAAGUACCUUGCAAUGGUGGUGAUAACACUACUCAUGGGGCUAAUAGUUAGGCGAACGACCACCAGCCUUAUAGAAAAAUCUCAUGGCAUACGUGUAUAUUGUCAUUGCUUGUUUCCUAGAAAACUAUGAUGUCUUGAGCAACCGUCAUGCCUCAGGCUUUGUAAAUCAGGAAAUGCUGUUGAUUUAAUGAAAACAAUUAGCCCCAUGGUUAAUUAUCUGACACAA